AUGUUGUCUUUUUGUAGCACAUGUGCCCUGCUCUAUCUAUUGGUAAAUAACGGCCUGGUAUCAGACUGUUUUAUACACAAUAGUGGUAUUCCUAGUUCAAAGCAUGAAUUAAGUAGUGAUAAAUGGUCCCUGUUCGCCACAAAGAGUAAAUUGAAGGCAGUUAGAAAGUUCACCCGGGACAGGCCCAAAAAAACUCGACCUUCUGCAAUUUAUCCUUCUCCUACCAUCUAUUACGGCAACGUUCACAACCAUUUCGGGGCACCUCCGGAGUAUUUGGCCAUUCCAGUCGAAAAAACACUGAACAUUCUGAGAAACGGGCGGCUUUCUGAGCUUAUUUCCAUGAUGAAGAGGGGCAUUACUGGCUCUGAGCUCUCAGAGGCUCUCUCCGACAAACCGUUCUUCAGCGCUCUGUCGGACGAGGUUUCCGCAAUUAAGCAGAUUUCGGAAUAUGAGGCUUGCGACGUCAGCAGCGACCUGCACCAGUACUUCGAAAGCAUCUUAAGGUCGCCGCUCGACUAUGAGAACUAUGUGGACAAGUUUUACACGGUUAAGAAGCUGCAGUCGUACUGGGAAAACAGGGAGCGGAUGCUGUACAACCUGACCUUUAAGAGGCUGUUCGCCCGAUUAAAGAGCGUGGCCCACAAGUUGAACGAGGCGGGCACUCCUCUCAGCGAGUUCGCCGAUCCGAAGCUGUGGCACCGGUACGGCGUCUUCAAGAUGGUUCCCAAUUGUAAAAUGGCAGAGAAUUACCUGGAGAAACAUAAAAUCGCUCUCAGUUUCGACAUCCGGAGCUUGUACUAUAGAGACGUAAACACCAAUCAGAUUAAAUCCAAUUUUGAUAAAUUUUAUGCGGAACUUGGUUUAAAAGACGGCGCUACUGCUCACACACUGGGCGAACAUCUCACUGACUCAACUGAUACUCAAACUGGUAUAAACGGCACUGCCUCAACUGAUACUCAAACUGGUGUAAACGGCACUGACGCAACUGAUACUCAAACUGGUGUAAACGGUGCAGGCUCAACUGAAGGCGGCUUCAACUUAUACCCCGAUAGACCAGGGUCUCAGGAAACCGGCUUCUCUCUCGACGAAAAGGGGAGGCUGCCCGGGGAACUCGUCGACCGGAUCGUCAGUGACCUGGCGGCGCUGGGCGUCCUGGACCCCAAUGCGCCCUGGUCCAUCAACCUCUCCAGGAUCGACGAGUUGCAGGAGGGCUUUGCCUCCCAGCAGGCUCAACACGCCUACGCCAUUCGCGACUUUUACUUGUCGCUAAAGUACCCUGGCUACAGGGUUGAAAGUGACCCCUACGUCUUAGGUGCGUUGAUACCUUCUCUGUAUACCACGUAUUACGCAUACACUUUUUAUUUACUUAGCCUGUUUCUUAAACUUUUAUUAAUCUCUAUUUAA